CGUUGCACUGGGGUGAAAACUUGCCUGCGUUGCUUCCGGUCGGUGUUUUGACGCGGGGUAAUCAUGGCAGCCUUCGGUGAGCUGGGCGUCAUGCCCGAGAUCGCACGGGCGGUGGAGGAGAUGGACUGGCUGCUGCCCACUGACAUCCAGGCAGAGUCCGUGCCACUCAUCCUGGGCGGCGGGGAUGUGCUCAUGGCUGCGGAGACCGGCAGCGGUAAAACUGGGGCCUUCAGCAUUCCCGUGAUUCAGAUUGUGUACGAGACUAUGAAGGACCAACAGGAAGGCAGGAAGGGAAGAACGGCAGUGAAAGCAGGAGGCACUGUGUUCACCAAAUGGCAGAUGAAUCCUUAUGACAGAAGCUCAGCUUUUGCGAUUGGCUCCGAUGGCAUGUGCUGCCAGAGCCGCGAGUUCAAGGAGUGGCACGGGUGCCGUUCAACAAGGGCUGUUACUAAAGGAAAGUACUACUACGAAGUGACCUGUCACGACCAGGGUCUGUGUCGGAUCGGCUGGUCCACUGAGCAAGCCUCCCUGGACUUAGGUACUGACAAAUAUGGGUAUGGGUUUGGAGGAACUGGGAAAAAAUCUCAUAACAAACAGUUUGACAGCUAUGGAGAGGAAUUUACCAUGCAUGACACCAUUGGGUGUUACCUAGACCUGGACAGAGGACAUGUGUCAUUUUCUAAAAAUGGGAAGGACUUGGGUUUGGCCUUUGAGAUUCCACAGCAUCUGAGGAACCAGCCGUUCUUUGCUGCUUGUGUCCUGAAGAAUGCUGAGCUGAAGUUCAACUUUGGUGGCGAGAGUUUCAAAAAUGCCCCCAAAGAGGGUUUUACUACGCUGGAUCAGGCUAUAGAGGCACAUGUUGCCAAGUCCAACAAGACAGGCAGUGCCCAGGUGAGCCAGGUGAAGAACCAGCCCAACGCCCCAAAAGCCCUCAUCAUUGAGCCCUCAAAGGAACUGGCCGAACAAACCCUGAAUCACGUGAACCAGUGCAAGAAAUAUGUGGAGAGUCCCAAAGUGAGGAGUCUUCUUGUGAUCGGAGGAAUGGCUGCGAAGGAGCAGCUGUCCAUUCUGGAGCAGGGGGUUGACAUCGUGGUGGGGACGCCGGGCCGCCUGGAUGACCUCAUCUCGACAGGGAAGCUGAACCUGUCCCAAGUGCGCUUCCUGGUGCUGGAUGAGUGUGAUGGACUGCUCACUGCUGGGUACUUGGACUUUAUCAUGAGAAUCUACAACCAGAUUCCACAGGUUACAUCUGAUGGGAAAAGACUGCAGGUGAUCGUGUGCUCUGCCACUCUGCACUCCUUCGAUGUGAAAAAACUGUCAGAGAAGAUCAUGCACUUCCCCACUUGGGUGGAUUUGAAGGGUGAGGACUCGGUUCCCGAGACUGUGCACCACGUGGUGGUUCCCAUCAACCCCAAGACAGAUCGCUUAUGGGAGCGGCUGGGUCACAACCACAUCCAGACUGACGAGGUACAUGCCAAGGACAACACCAGACCCGGCACCAACACACCUGAAAUGUGGAGUGAAGCGAUCAAGAUCCUGAAGGGUGAGUAUACGGUGAAGGCCGUCAAGCAGCACAAGAUGGACCAGGCCAUCAUAUUCUGCAGAACGAAGCUGGACUGCGACAACAUGGAACAGUACUUCAUCCAGCAGGGUGGAGGGCCUGACAGGAAAGGACACCAGUUCUCCUGCGUCUGUCUUCAUGGAGACAGAAAGCCCAAUGAAAGGAAGUACAAUCUGGAGCGCUUCAAGAAGCAGGAGGUGAAGUUCCUCAUCUGCACUGAUGUUGCUGCACGAGGGAUCGACAUCCGCGGUGUCCCUUACGUCGUCAAUGUCACUCUGCCGGAUGAGAAGCAGAAUUACGUCCAUCGCAUCGGUCGAGUUGGUAGAGCUGAAAGGAUGGGUUUGGCCAUUUCUCUGGUAGCCAUGGAGAAGGAGAAGGUAUGGUACCACGUGUGUCCAAACCGAGGACGGGGCUGCUACAAUACUCGUCUCAAGGAGAAUGGCGGCUGCACUAUUUGGUACAAUGAGAAGGAGCUCCUGUCUGAGAUCGAGGAGCACCUAAAGUGCACCAUCACGCAGUGUGAGCCCGACCUGAAGGUUCCCGUGGAUGAGUUUGACGGAAAGGUGACGUACGGCCAGAGAAGGGCAGCGGGGGGUGGGCUCUACAAGGGCCACGUGGAUGUGUUGGCCCCCACUGUACAGGAACUGGCCUCCCUGGAGAAGGAGGCACAGACCUCCUUCCUGCACUUGGGCUACUUGCCCAACCAGCUGUUCAGGGCCUUCUGAAGAGGAGAGGCGUCAUUCCCCCCCUUGACCAUGCAGCAGUGCACUUUACCGUGCACACGUAAUAUCAACAAUUCCCUCUGUCUGCUAAUGGAAUUUGUGCACUAGUUACCAAGCUGCACACUACAUUUUGUCGUUUGAAAAAGUCGUGUCAUAAGAGUGAUGCACGACAGCAUUUAGUCUGACACGGCCACAUUCACCUGGUGUUCAGUGGCUGUCGCAUCAGCAUGAAAGGAUCCAGUUUUUGUUAAGUUGAGGACAAAGAAUAGUUUUGUUUUGCGUUAACUUUAAGUUGCAUCUGGAAAUAAAAAUGCAGUUAUAAAUAUA